AUGGGUCUCAACCAGAGCUACAUGUAUGAUCCAUAUUGGCAGCAGUAUUUCAACAACUAUGGCAUACUAGGAGGUGUUAGUACGCCUAUCUAUGAUGCUCUACAACAGGAAGAUGAUGCUGUAUCAGGUAUUCCAGUGGUCAAAUUUUGGGAUUUGGAUUCCUUGAAGCCUAUCGAAGGAGCGGAUGAUAUCAUUGUACCCACAUUGCUUCGUACCAUCAAAAUACAGCAUGGCGGAAAGACCUAUCCAGUAUCCACAUUUGCCAUUCUAGAAAACAUGUCUCAACUGGCUAUCGGUUUAGCAAACGGCGUGGUUAUAUUGAUUCGUGGUGAUCUCUCCAAAGACAAGACCACCAAACAGAAAGUGAUCUACGAGGGAGAGGAGCCUAUCACUGGGCUUGGAUUCAGAGAGCAAACGAAAUCCACCAUUCUAUUCAUUGUGACAACCAGCAACAUCAUGUCCUAUAACACAACAGCAGUAAAGCCUGCGGUCACCAUAUUGGAUGAACAGGGCUGUGGGUUGGGAUGUGCUGUCAUGAAUGAUCAGCAGGAAAUGGUGGUGGGCCGUGAUGAGGCUAUUUACUUGUAUGACCCCACGGGCAGAGGACCUUGUUUUGCAUAUGAUACACCCAAAUCAUCACUGACUUGGUUCAAAUCAAGCUACCUGGUCAUAGUGUCUCCUCCUGUAACAACAUCUGCUAAUUUACCCAGUGGUGCUCGUGCUUCUCUCAAUUUUAAUCCCAAAAGAACAUCAUCAAACGAGCUCACAAAGAUUGCUAUUUUCGAUACAGCCAACAAGUUUGUUGCCUAUGUGGGUACGUUUUUGGGUGGCAUUCGAGGCAUAUUUUGCGAGUGGAAUUCGAUCUGGGUUGUGGGCAUGGAUGGCAAAUUGUAUCAUUUGGAUGAAAAAGACACGCCCACAAAGCUCGAGAUUCUGUUCAAACUGAACUUGUAUGUGUUGGCUAUCAACCUGGCUCAUAUGCAAAAGUAUGACGAUACCAGUAUAUCCGAGAUUUUCAAAAAGUACGGUGAUCACCUGUAUAACAAGGGUGAUUACGAUGGAUCCAUGGAGCAGUACAUACGAACAAUUGGACAAUUGGAGCCAUCCUAUGUGAUUCGAAAGUUUCUGGAUGCACAGCGCAUCUAUAAUCUGACCAGCUAUCUUCAUGAGUUACACGCCAAAGGACUAGCAAACGCAGAUCAUACAACACUGCUACUGAAUUGCUACACGAAACUGAAGGAUGUUUCUCGCUUGGAUCAAUUCAUCAAAACCGAUACAGACCUGAAGUUUGAUUUGGAGACAGCCAUCAGCGUGUGUCGACAAGCUGGCUACUUUGAACAUGCCAUCUACUUAGCCGAAAAGUUUCAGGAACAUGAUAUGUAUCUGGAUAUUGUGAUUGAGGACAUGAAAAAGUAUGACACGGCAUUGGCCUACAUCAAGAAACUGGGUCCAUACGAAGCCGACAAGAACCUUCAAAAGUAUAGCAAGACCUUGUUGAGUCAUUUACCCGACGAAACAACACAGCUAUUAAUCGAACUCUGCACGGGUACGCUUCCGUUAGCUACCAUCCACAAGCCGUCUACACCGACAGAUCCCAAGUCUCCUGCUCCUAGCGACAAUACCAGAGCCCUCUCCAAUCUACCUUUCGGUGGCCCUUUAGCAGGAGACAGUUCAUCCAUCUUUAGCGAAAACAGUUCGACGUUGCACAACAACAGUAGCUCACAAACACCCACACUGAGCAGACUGGCGCAGACCAAACAUGCCAGUGGCCGCUUGAGCUACUCUCCACCCUCUCCACGCAAAUUCAUGCCUGCUUUUGUAGAUCGUCCAAACUACCUCACCACAUUCUUGGAAUCAGUGUUUGAGAAACUAUGGGGCACUGCCAACAACAGCAGCUCAUCACCAACUACAUCAACAACUGCCGGCGUAGCAUCUCCUGUCUCUGACAACGCCACUAUUGUCAACGGGUUGCGCCAUUGGUCUUUGCAAGAGCAAGAGGAACGCAAGACGAUUUGGAAUACCUUGUUGGAACUGUAUUUGAUGGAUGAUAUCAAGGAACCUACUUCAGCUCGUGAGAGACAGAAACGCAAGCGCGAAUUCCGACAAAAGGCAUUGACAUUGUUGCAUGAUGAGUCUGUUCAUUACGAUACCAACCAAGCAUUGGUGCUCUGUCAACUGAAGCAAUUUGAUGAGGGUAUUGUGUAUCUGUAUGAAAAGACGGGCAUGUAUACGGAUAUUUUGCGUUAUUGGAUGGACAAGGGCAAUACAGAUCGUGUGAUUGAAGGUGUCAGAAAAUACGGACCCAAAGACUCUUCGUUAUACCCUAUGGUGCUGACAUACUUUUCAUCUACGCCUGAAGUCAUGGCCAAGUCGACUGAGGAAUUAGCCUCUGUCAUGAAGCAUAUCGAUGAAAAGGAUUUACUGCCUCCUAUCCAGGUUGUACAGGCUUUAUCAAGAUCCAAUGUAGCGACCAUUGGUUUACUCAAAGAAUACAUUGGUAAAAAGAUUGAGCAUGAGCAUGCUGAAUUGAAGCAAAAUGAAGAGUUGAUAGAAAGUUAUCGCGCAGAAACCGAGAAACGCAGAAAAGAGAUUGAAGAAUUGCAAACCAGCGCUCGUAUCUUCCAAGUUCAAAAGUGCUCAGGCUGUGAGGGUAAUCUGGAUCUUCCUGCUAUCCACUUUUUGUGUCGACAUUCUUAUCAUCAACGUUGUAUUGGCGAUAAUGAGCGAGAAUGUCCCCAAUGUGCUAUUCAUCACCGUAUGAUUAGCGAAAUCAGAAGAACACAGGAAGCAAAUGCUGAUCGCCACGACUUGUUCUUUGAGCAACUGGAUCAUGAAGAGGAUGGAUUUGAUGUGAUUGCGGAUUACUUUUCCAAGAAUACCAUGGCAUUUGCCAAACUGAUCGACUAA